AACACAACAAGUGUUGGAAGAAUAAGAUAGAAAACUCAGUAAAUCAAACAAAAUGUCCCUAAAGUUUGAUUUUAGUGGAAGAGUAGCGCUGGUGACGGGCUCGAGCUCAGGCAUCGGCGCCGCCACAGCCGUACUGUUUGCCAAAUCGGGCGCCAAAGUAGUGGUGACCGGACGUAACGGCGACAAAGUGGCCGAAGUGGCCAAACAGUGCGCCGAUGUGUCGCCGACCGGUGUCUCAGCCGUACUGCAAGUGUUGGCAGACGUGACGAGUGAACAGGAUUUACAACGUUUAGUGACCGAAACUGUGAAUACUUUUGGCCGAUUGGAUGUAUUGGUCAAUAACGCCGGCGGGUAUGUUAUGAGCGCCGUAUACGACGACAAAUUCAUGGAUGCCUUCAAAUCUGUUUUGAACACUAAUCUUAAUUCAAUGGUCUAUUUAACACAUAUUUGUGUUAAACAUUUGGAGAAAACUAAAGGAAAUAUUGUCAACGUUUCUAGUAUUGCGGCCAAACUUACUGUGUUAAACGGAUCGCCGUAUUGUAUGUCAAAGGCAGCGAUCGAUAUGUUUGGCAAAUGUAUUGCCGUUGAAUUGGGGCCGAAAGGCAUUCGCGUCAAUACUGUUAACCCGGGAGUGAUCCGCACGAACGUACUCGAGGCUCAGGGGUUGCCCAAAGAGGUGGCCACUCAGGUGUACGACAUGUUUGGCGGCAAAUACCCGGUCGGGAGGGCGGGAGAGGGACUCGACAUCGCUCGCAAUAUCUUAUACUUGGCGUCAGACGAGUCGUCGUUUAUAACGGGAACCAGUCUUGUCUCCGAUGGCGGACAUGUGGCCGCCAAUGUGUCAAUGAAUGCGGAUGAUUAAAUUAAGCAUAGUGCUUUUACGUGUUGUUAACUUUUAAUAUAUCUAUAUUAUAACUAUAUAUUAAUUGUUUAGGAAAUCGUAUUCUAAUGAUUAAUUUAAAAAUUGGUUAAUAGUUUUCAUUUACAAGUAGACAGUAUAUUAUUGCAAAAUUAAAUUACACUUUUAUUUUAAGUAAUAUUGUUUGUCAAAUUAAAUUGUAUAUAAAUC